AUGGCCACUUUGAGAGGGGUAUCCAUGGUGAACGAGGCGGAUCUGAGACCUGUCAGCGACCUCCCGCAUGGACCCCACUUCGAGCCGCUGUUCUUUGAUGUCCUCCCCUGCACUUCCAGCUUUGACGCGAGUACGUACCGCGACUUGAACUUUUUCAGCAUCGACUUCGACAAGCAGUCACUCCUCAAGAGCGCGCAACGGCACGGCAAAAUGGUCCGAAUCAAGGAGAGGUAUAUCCUCGUCAACAUUCUUUACCCACAUGACGCGUCAAAGCAACAGGCGUCCAAUGUUCCGGAUUUCGUAGUCAUGCAUCAGCCCACGACGGGGCAGCUUACUCCCCAGUCACUGCUGAAGGCGCUCCGAGUUGAAGUUGCUACGCUUUUUGGCGAUUACGGCUCUGGCGCCAUUGAAGGAAACCUAUCAAUCAAAUAUCUCUCUCAAGCAACUUCAACUUUCAUCCUCAAAAUCAAGAGAGAGCACUACCGUCUUGUGUGGGCCGCACUCACAUUCAUGGAUCGCGUCCCCCUUAAGCACGGAGAUGGAAAACGCUGCUUGUUCAAAGUCGUCCGAGUGAGUGGCACGAUCCGUAAGGCUGAGGAGGAAGCCAUCAAACAGGCUAGACAGCUCGUACUCGCCGCCAAAGACUCCGUCGCAGCAGCAGCCAGCGGCACCGGGCCAAUGUUCGCUCGAAGCAAGGCACAAGCCGGCGACGCCAUCAUGGUUGACGCAUCAGACGUCUCAGAUGAAGAGGGAAUGGAUGAAGAAGACGGCUGA